CUAGAUGGAAAGGGCGUCGGAACGGUUCCUUGGGUGUUUGGGCAGACCGGCUUGUAUAUAAAAGGCGGCGUGAUCAGCAGCACCACACAUCACUUUCCUAUUGUUGAGGCAGCUCAUCACACUAAGCAGUCAUGAGGAUCCUUGUAGUAGUGGCGGCAGUGGUAGCUGUGGCAGCAGCCAGCCCCAUCGGCUUCGCCAGGAAAGGGGUUGGUCUCAUUGGACGCAGCGGCAUCGUUACCGUCGAUGGUCGCAUCAUUCCCUUCACAAAGGAAUUCAUGGACGACAUCGUGGAAAUCGGAGAGGCUGGUAUUGUGACCAAGUCCGGCAAGAACGUUCACCUCACCCUGGACCUGCAUCGCCUGAAGCGUGACGUUACCACCGGAUUCACACGGCCUAAGAUUGGCUCCAUUGGAUUCUCUGGCGCUGUCCUCACUGACGGAACCAUCAUCCAGUUCACGCCAGAGUUCAUCGACGACAUCCUCUACUUCGGAGAGUCUGGUAUCAUCACCAAGUCCGGCAAGAACGUGCAGCUCACCGCUGACCUCAAGCGCGUGUAACGCUUCCUUGUGAAGGAUUUCGGUGCGCUGGUGCGUUGGUGGUGACCGAGUGGAACCAAAGCCUUUUUCUGCUGGUGCCUCUCACCAUGCACGUUACCUUAUGAUAAGGGCAGCCAACGGUCUCCUGCGGCAGGAGUCAUUUCAUCAGUUGUACCUGAAUCUGCUGUUUCUCAAUAUCCUAUCUUAUACACUACUAUUUUGUAUCAUGUUAUCUUUUCAUAAACAAAUUCAUUAAAACUACAAACAUA